AAGUAUAGAAGGGCUCUACACUAGAGUGCGUACCCUGGCCUGAUCCCCACUCCCAAAAGCGCCGCAAAUCACAUCCCCAUCCCCAAAUCGAGUUCCCCUAGCGAGUGCUCACGGUGACCCGCGACUCCCACGCGUCCCCAUCCCCGCCGCCGGCGGACCCGCAAGUUGUGAUCUUUGGAGGCUGCAUCCAUGGAGAACAUGCCGGAGCAGCGGCGGCCGAAGCUCUCCGACGCCGCGGAUGCCGGAGGCGGCGAGGACCGCCUCGGCGCGCUGCACGACGACAUCCUCAUCCGCAUCCUCCUCAAGUCCGGCGACGCAGCCGCAGCCGCUCGGACCAGCGUCCUCGCCCGCCGCUGGCGUCACCUCUGGGCCCUUCUCCCGGCGCUCUACUUCUUCCGCCCGACCGACCCCCGCCGCAUACGCUCUGCCCUCGCCGCCCACCAAGCUCCGGUGCUCCAAGCGCUCGUCGUCAUCGCACAGGGCGCCUCUCCCGGAUCCGCGGGGGCGUGGCUUCCCAUUGCCGCGCGCCGCCUCUCCGGCCCAUUGGUUUUCCGCGUGCUGCGGCGGAGCACAGCUAAGAAAAGAGCCGCCUUGAAGCUGCCGUGCUUCGAGAAGGCCACCAAAAUCGUGCUGCGACUAGGGUUUCUCCGCCUCGCGCUGCCGCCUUCCGGUGUAUUCACCCGGAUCCAUCUUCUCAUGCUGAUGGAAGUCCGGCUGCGUGGUCCGUGUGGGCUCGGCGAGGCUGUCUCCUCGCCGCGGUGCCCAUCCUUGCGGAGACUCGUCGUGAAGGAUGCCUAUGGUCUGGGCGACCUCACAAUCCACUCAGAAUGCCUUCUAAAACUGGAGCUAUUUCGUCUGCCUGACUUGCAGAGUCUCACCGUCGUGGCGCCAGCACUCCAGCUGUUAAAACUGGAUAAUUGCUUUGCUCUGAGUUCGAGGCAACCAGUUGCCAACAUCUCUGCCCCUCAUCUGAUGUGGCUCGCGUGGAUGGAUGAUUAUGAUCAAAACUCUGUCCAGCUUGGUGAGAUGGCAUACCUGCAAUCGCUUGUCACCCAACAUUUUAUCAUGUACGGAGAGGAUUACCAUUCUUCACACAAUCGCAAUGGUGUGUGUCUUUUGCGGCACUUUGAGCACCUCCACCGUCUUGUUCUCACACUUCAGUGUCCUAAGGACAUAGCAAACAAGAAAUACUUCAUGGAGCAAAUAACAAGGCUCCCUAACAUUAAAUUAUUGGAACUGGGAAUAACAGCAUGUGGACAUUCCUUUGGAGCCAGCUUAUUCCAUGUUAUGAGGAUGUGUACUGCAAUAAGAGCGCUAGUUCUUGGACUUAAUGUUGCACUUGAAGAUGAGGAAGAAACUCUGUGCCCGUCAGAUUGCAUUUGUGAUCAGCCACCAAGCUGGAAAACCGAGGAACUCGUGCUGAAUCGCCUCGAAGUAGUAGAAAUCUCUGGCUUCAGAGGAACUGAACAUGAAAUCAAUGCUGUGAAACAGAUAUGCAGUUGGGCAACCGUGCUAAGAAGGAUGACAGUGAAGUUCCAUGACUCGAUCACUGAAAACAAGGCUGAAGUGCUCUGCGAGUUGUUAGUAACCUUCUCUAGGCUAGGAUUAGACAUGAUUUUUAUUUAUAGGAUGCCGUGAGAAAGUUCUGUAUGCUCGAGAAGAUGCCAAAUUUCCAGCAACUUAUGUGGGGCUGGACCCGACUUGUUUGAAUUAGUGGCACUUGUUUGAAUUAUUUGUGUCUGAUGAGAAAAUUUUCUUGGCACUGGUUG